AUGACCAAAAAGUACGAAGGUCGUGCCGUAGGAAUCGACCUUGGAACAACAUAUUCUUGUGUUGCUGUGUGGCUUGAUGAGAACAAUAGAGUAGAGAUAAUCCACAAUGAACAAGGAAACAAGACCACACCUUCAUUUGUUGCUUUCACCGAUAAUGAAAGGUUGAUUGGUGAUGCUGCUAAGAAUCAGACUGCAUCCAAUGCAGAAAACACAGUCUUUGAUGCCAAGAGAUUAAUUGGCAGGAAGUUUAAUGAUUCUGUUGUUAAAAAAGACAUGAUGUUGUGGCCAUUCAAGGUGGUUGCCGGUGACAAUGGCAAACCCCUGAUUGUUGUUAAGUACAAAGGUCAGGAGAAGCAUCUAUGUGCUGAGGAAAUUUCAUCUAUGAUCCUCACAAAAUUGCGGGAGAUUGCGGAGAAAUAUCUGGACUCUCCAGUAAAGAAUGUAGUUGUCACUGUGCCAGCUUAUUUCUGUGACGCUCAGAGAAAAGCCACAAUAGAUGCUGGUGCUAUUGCCGGUGUUAAUGUUAUCCGGAUCAUCAAUGAACCAACUGCGGCAGCUCUUGCAUAUGGACUUGAUAAGAGAUCUAACUUUGUUGGAGAAAAAAAUAUUUUUGUUUUUGACCUUGGUGGUGGCACUUUUGAUGUGUCGAUCUUAACAAUCAAUGAUAAGGACUUUCAAGUUAAAGCCACGGGAGGAAACACUCACCUUGGAGGAGAGGACUUUGAUAACCGGAUGGUGAAGUACUUUGUAGAUGAGUUCAAGAGGAAGAACAAAGUGGAUAUUACUAGGAACCCUAGGGCUUUGAGGAGGUUAAGAACAGCAUGCGAAAGGGCAAAAAGGGUACUCUCUUUUUCUGUUGUCACCACUGUUGAGGUAGACUCUUUAUUUCAAGGAAUUGAUUUCUUUUCAUCAAUUACUCGUGCCAAGUUUGAGGAAAUCAAUAUGGACAUUUUUGAGGAGUGUAUGGAGACCGUCAAGAAUUGUCUUACCGACUCUAAAAUGAACAAGAGUACUGUAAAUGACGUUGUUCUUGUUGGUGGAUCUUCUAGGAUUCCCAAAGUUCAGCAACUAUUGAAGGAAUUUUUCAACGGAAAGGAUUUAUGCAUGAGCAUCAACCCUGAUGAGGCUGUUGCUUAUGGAGCAGCUGUACAAGCUGCUUUGUUGAGUGAAGGCUUUAAAAAUGUUCCAAACUUGGUGCUGCGUGAUGUUACAUCAUUGUCUCUUGGUAAGUUAGACUUCGGAGAUAUCAUGAGUGUGAUGAUUCCUAGGAACUCUUGCAUUCCCAUCAAGAUGACACAAAGUUUUGGAACAGUUGAAGAUAACCAAACUUCCGUCUUGACUGAGGUUUACGAGGGUGAGAGAACUAAAGCCAGUGAUAACAAUCUGCUCGGUUCUUUUAUUCUUUCUAACCUCCCGCCGGCACCUCGCGGCUAUAUUAUCAGUAUAAGUUUUGCUAUAGAUGAAAAUGGUAUUUUGACUGUUACUGCUACGGACAAAUCCACUGGUAAUAUGAAUGAGAUUAGCAUAAACAAUUACAAAGAAAGGUUGGCUGCUGAAGAAAUUACAAAAUUGAUUAAAGAAGCCGAGAACUUCCAUAUUGAAGAUAAGAAAUUCCUGAAGAAGGCGGAAGUAAUGAAUGCUUUAGAUUACUGUGUUUACAAGAUGAGGAAUGCUUUAAAUCAAACAAAGCAUAAUUCAAAGCUUCCGUCUAAAGAUAUCAACAUGAUCAAUUCUGCAAUUACGGAAGCCUCAAACUUGCUUGAUAGUAGCCAGCCGGUUGAAAUUGAGGUUCUUGAGAGUCAUCUGAAGGAUUUUGAGAGUAUGCUUGAACAUAUUAUUACAGGCAAAGAGUAA